AUGAAGCCUAGUCUUGUGCUGCUACUCGCUCUGGUUUCCGGCCUAGCAGAAGCUGCGAACAGCGGUGAUCACGGCCAUGCCAUUCUGCUCCCCAGGCAGAGCUCCACUGCAGCGACGACAGUGGACUUUACAAAUUUCCCUAUAUGUGCAAACCAUUGUCUAACCCGCUGGCGCGCCCUCGGCUGCUCCACCAACCCCCCCUCCACCGACUGCUUCUGCGGCAAGCCCAACCCCCUCUCCUGCGCCACAGACGCCGACACCGUCGUCCCCGCCGCCUGCUGGACUCUCGCCGAGACCUGGUACGCCUCUCAAUGCCCGUCCGUCCCCGCCGUCAACACGGCCGCAAUCCCCACCUGCGCGCAGACCUGCUUCGCCGACGCAAACACGCACUGCGUCAACGACCUCACAAAGAACUGUAUCUGCUCGUACGGCCAGCCGUCAUGCGGAGGAAACUGUACGACGACUGAUUCGCAGGCCUAUGACACUUGGUGGUCGGGAGAGUGUUUAUAUAACCUGACGAGCACGGCGACGACGAGCACGACGGCGCGGCCGACGAGUACGGGUUCGAGUGCGACAAGCGCAGAUACGAGUACGACUACUUCGACAAGUACAACUGCGCCUACGACUUCCUCCGGCGGGGGUGUGAGCACGGGUGCUAUUGUUGGUGCUGUGGUCGGUGGCCUUGCGGGGACGCUGGCGAUCGGCGCGCUGCUGUUUUUCCUGUGUCGUGGGAAAAAGCCCGAGAAGGAUAAGACAAGGGCGGCGCCGUCGAAUUAUGCAAUGAUGGGGCCCGAUGGGAAGCCGAUUGUGGAGAUGGGGGUUGAGGGUGGGGUGGUGCGGGAGCCCGUGGCGGAGUUGAUGGCGGAUGUGCAGCGGCCGGUGGAGGUGCCGGGAGAUAUGGGGAAGAUGGGGCAUAAGAAUUAG